ACCACGUGCUCAAAGGCAGCAGAUGCCCAACAGCAGCUCCAUCAGCGACUUCCUCCUCCUGGCAUUCACAGACACGCGGCAGCUGCAGCUCCUGCUCUUCUGCCUCUUCCUGGCCAUCUACCUGGCUGCCCUCCUGGGCAAUGGCCUCAUCAGCACAGCCGUAGCCUGUGACCACCACCUGCACACGCCCAUGGACUUCUUCCUCCUCAACCUCGCCCUCCUGGACCUGGGCUGCAUCUCCACCACUCUCCCCAAAGCCAUGGCCAAUGCCCUCUGGGACACCACCACCAUCACCUACUCUGGAUGUGCUGCACAGGUCUUUUUCUUUCUCUUCUUCAUCUCAGCAGAGUAUUCCCAUCUCACCAUCGUGUCCUAUGAUUGCUACGUUGCCAUCUGCAAGCCCCUGCACUACGGGACCCUGGUGGACAGCAGAGCUUGUGCCACCAUGGCAGCAGCUGCCUGAGGCACUGGGGUUCUCUAUGCUCUGCUGCACACUGCCAGUACAUUUUCACUGCCACUGUGCCAGGGCAAUGUUUUGGAACAGUUUUUCUGUGAAAUCCCCCAGAUCCUCAAGCUCUCCUGCUCAGACUCCUACCUCAGGGAAGUUGGGCUUAUUCUGGUUAGUGUCCUUGCCGUAUUUGGCUGUUUUGUAUACAUGGUGCUGUCCUAUGUGCAGAUCUUCAGGGCCGUGCUGAGGAUGCCCUCUGAGCAGGGAUGGCACAAAGCCUUUUCCACGUGCCUCCCUCACCUGGCCGUGGUCCUCCCGUUUCUCAGCACUGUCUUUUUUGCCUACCUGAAGCCCCAUUCCCUCUUCUCUCCAUCCCUGGACCUGGUGGUGGCAGUUCUGUAUUCGGUGGUGCCUCCAGCAAUGAACCCCCUCAUCUACAGCAUGAGGAACCAGGAGCUCAAGGAUGCUCUCUGGAAAUUGAUGACAAGAUGUCUUUCGAAAGAAGGAACUGCCCAACUUUUUCUAUAUAGGACUUCUAAUGCAGGUUUAUACAGAAUCAAACUGUCUGCUUUUGGUUUGUGAAUUUUUUUGUUAAGUGGAAUUUGUAACAGAUUUUAUUCUGUGUGUUAAAUAUUGUAAUGUUUUUCACUGAAGUGUCAUUACCCAUAUCAAUGACUACUCAGUUUGUUCCUAUGUAGUGUAGCCCAGAGACACUGUACAUAAGGAACCAGGCUGUCUCUGAAUCUUAACAAAAUACUGGACAUUCAGUGACGUGGUCUGUCAUCCUUCUUGGGAGACAUUUCCAGAGCUGCCGUGGUCAGAUGUUCUCAGAAACCCACAAUCCAGCAGGAAGCACACGGCUGUUCAUCCAGCUGUGCGGUGACUUCUGUCUGGAGUAGCUGGCGGGUCAUCCCUUGGCUCCUGGCAGGGGUCUGUGCUUUCAGGCUCACAUCUAUCAGUGCCUUCGACAGGCCAGCAGCAGCACCUGGUUUGCACGCCGCUUGUGAGAUCCCCUUUUCCUAAGUCCCUGAGACACUUCCUUCAGGAAGAGGUCUUGGGUAUGGGUUCUCAUGUCACCCGUUCCUAAAAUCUUCCCUCAGGACGUAUUCCAUUUUGUACUCAGAGGUGGAUGCUGCCUCCAGGAUGGCCUGUGGUAGAUGAAUCAUGCACAAAGAUCUGAUCAAGGCUCCCCAGGACCUACAGGAGCCAUUCUGGAGCAUGGGCUGGUAGGCAGAAAACUGCCCCUAAUGAGGUGCCUGACAGGAGGAGAUCAGGAGAAGCCUGGAGAACAGAGAUGGGAGAUUGAGGGGAGGAAGAGGAGCUUGGAGGACAAAAAAAAUGGAGAUUUUGAAGAGGAAAGAGGGGUUCAGGCCAUGCUGAUGCUGCUGUCACUCACUCCGACUGCAAAACCCACCAACCAUAAGCCUUGUUUGUACCCAUAAGUGCAUUCCUCACCCUGUCAGGAAUCCACUGCAAUAACGCUGAACCUCAAAGCUUCUCUUGACGCCCAAAUUCAAAACCCCAGUCCCCUAGCAAUACCUUUACUCUCUUGCCCACUCCAAUCCUUAGCCCAGGGGUGUCCACCUAUCUGGCUUGCCUGGGCCACAUUUAGUGAAUGGAAAUAGUCUCUCCAAAAGGAAUGCCUCCAAUUUAUUUCCAUGGAAACUACGACAGAGACAAAGACCACAAUAACGCUAUUUGAUCGAGCAACUUCUCAGUGACAAAACACUGCUUUUCAACAUCGUCACCACCAUGAGCUAUGCAUUUUCACCAGCAAUGAAGAAGAGGCGGCAUGCCAUGCUUGUAACAACCUGC